UAAAAAAAUGAAUUCGAUUCAAAUUUACUUGUUUGUUCUCUUACAAAUCCUUGUGUGCAUCAAAGCUGAAAAGAUGACUUACAUGGCAAGCUAUUGUCCAAAUACAACUAGUGGUUAUGCAGAAGGAAGCAAAUUUCAGUUCAAUCUUAACCGCUUGUUGUACAGAUUAUUGUACAAUAAUGCUAGCAAUUACAUCUACGCAAAUCCUAGCGUAGAUGAAGUUCAUGGAUUGUAUCUCUGUAGAGGAGACGUUGCGCCCAAAGACUGCCAAAACUGCAUCGACAUGGCUACUGAGAGGAUCCAACGCGAAUGUCCGCACAAAAAACAGGCAGUUAUAUGGUAUGAUCAGUGUUUGGUUCGCUAUUCUGAUAUACCUGACUUCGCAUCCACGUUUAAUGUCUCGUCUUAUUAUUGGAUCGAUUACAACUCGGAGAGCUUUUCAUGGACGACGCAAGUGAAAGGGAUUUCAGAUGCAAUGUUUGAUAACCUUACUCCUAAAGUUACAAAUGAUUUGAAAUAUGCGGAGAGUUUAGAUGAAAUCACACCGUGGUCAUUAUCUCAGAAGUUGUAUGGAAUGGUGCAGUGUAUACCAGAUUUGUCAGCUGAAGAUUGUCGCGCUUGCCUCAAGGGUGCGCGGUCUGUAAUACCUAAAUCUGUACCUCGUGAAUGUAGAGUUGUACAUGAGAGCUGCCAUUUAAGCUAUCAAUUCAAAAAUCCCGACGAAGGGAGGAGCACGGGAGCACCACCGCCGCCAUCACCCACACCAGGAGGCAAAGACGAAGGGGAAAUUACUUGGAAUACCAAGGUUAUCUGUAUCGUCAUAGGUAUUAUAGCACUGCUGGCCGUUGUAUUGACAGGAUCUUGCCUUUACCUUAAGAGAAGAAAUAGAAGAAGAACUGAGAGAGAGAGGAUGCAAAGGAGACGACUAAUUCAAUUGCUUGACAUGGAAGGAAACUUACUUGAUGAAUUUUAAUUGAUGGAUUUGAUUAAGUUGUUAUUUUGUUUUAAUGUCAAUUUUUGUUCUGCUUCUUGCUAUUUACCCCUCUUGUUGUUGUGUGAUUACAGGUGUGAAAUACAAUAAAUCUCUAUUUUUUCCAUGUUA